AUGUGAAUGUAUCUCUUUUUCCAACUCAUUAGAAGGGAAUUGCUUCAAAUUAAUAAUUCUAAAGAUCAUAAAAGUCUCUUCUCAAGAUGCUAUACAGCGUCUUUGUGGUGAUUUCAUUGGUAAUGGAGGCCGUAUCACUCCAUUGUCACCGAAGUACAGUUUAUAACGGUAUUCCAUGCACAAGAGACGGUGAAUUAGUCAGUAAGGAGGAGUGUUCCUCCUUUGCCCCAGCAUGCUGUUCGUUCUCUGUUGGUCAUAUACAUUGUUUUAUAAAUAAAAACCAUAAUGGAAACACAGAUGACGACCCUUGUUUACAUAAAAGCCGCCUAAAUUCAAUAAUGCCCAUGCCGCCAAACGACMGAGCAGCAUAUGGCCAUGUGCUGCGGACAUACCGCGUGAUAUCAYUAUUACAAUGUCUGGACUUUUGUGCAAGAAAUAGCUUUUGCUCUGCUUUUAAUUACGAAACUAAGACAGAAAAGCCAAAGAAAAGAAGAUGUGAAUUAUUGAGUAGAAUGGACGGUGACAGAACACGUGUAAACUUUACGUAUCAACUUAUGGACCAUGAAAGGUUCCGAAAUAAAUUAAUGGACCGAAGCUGUGGUGGUAGCACGAGAGAUUGAUGUUUAAUUGACUUGGUGAAAACUGAAAUAUAAAAAUAUUCCCCUGGUCGAGGACUUCCUCUGGGAUGACUAAAAACGAGGUCUUGCUGUUUGUAAACUUUUGUCGAGUAUUUUGUAUAGUUUUCGACGGAAAAAAAGCAGUUUUGUAGUAUUGUAUUCUUUAUUUGGCGGUUUAUUCUUAUUAGCUUAGUAUAUUUACUGACYGGUCCUCAGUCAAUCAUUUCCUUAUUCCACGUAUUCAUUGAUGGAUUUAUAAAUUCCACAUCGUCAAUGCAUGCAUGGACUCUCACUUAUCAAGCUCUAACCUUGAUCGCUAUUACAACYGUAGAAGAAAAUCAUUGAAAACAUAAGCCCAAGAACUAAUGAUUAAUGGAGUACUUCUCAAAAAAAUUAUAAUAAUAAUAAUAAAGAAAGAAAUGAAAAUAAAAAUAAAAAAAAC